AUGGCGGCGCCUCAUAUUUUCCGGCCAAACCUUAUCCUCAUCAUUCUACCCAUACUAUCCCUCCUAUUCAUCUCCACCGUCGCCGCCGCCGCCGCCCCGAGCUCGAUCAAAGAAAUCGAACUUUCCCGCCGAGGCCUCUUUGGCUCGGUCCCUUUCGAUUCUAUCUGCUCUCUUAAAUCUCUGGAAAAGCUCUCUCUGGGAUUCAAUUCACUUUCCGGCGGAGUCUCCGACAGCUUGAAGAAAUGCGUUAGUCUAACGUAUAUAGACCUUGGGAAUAAUUUAUUCUCCGGACCGGUUCCGGGAAUGUCUUCACUCACUCAGAUGACGCAUUUGUACUUGAACAACAGUGGGUUCACCGGGAAAUUUCCCUGGAAUUCGCUGGAAAAUAUGACGAAGCUGGAGGUUCUUAGUCUCGGGGACAAUCCGUUCGACAGGACAACAUUGCCGGAUUUUAUUGUAAAGCUUACGAAUUUGAAUUGGCUGUAUUCUCCGGCGCUGACCGGCGAUUAA